AACUUAGUUACCUACAUGUAGGUUAGGCGUUUAAACGUUUAAACGCAUGCAAUUUAUUGCUAGGCCAGCCGGAAACAACAAAAACAAUUGAACAGUUCAUUGUUCUUCAUCCUGCACAACUGGAUUUCUGAACAAUUAAGAAUUAAGUAUUAAGAAUUACACACCGGGACUUUUCAAAUAUAUCUACAUUACUUAUUUCGUUAUACCUAUUCUGCCACUUGGCGCGGCUCCAUGGCAGGCCAAUUCCGUCAAAGUCCUGGAGGCUCAGCGUUUUCGCGAUCGAGGGUCACCUCGUUUCGUACCUCCGUCCAAAAAGCCACCCAACCCUCUUAUAACUUCCUUACCGGCUCCGAAGAUGUAUCAGCCUCCCAUCAUGCCAGGCCUUCCUCGCGACACAGUCACGUUGGCGGUCAGUCGCAGCGCGCGUCGUCGCAUGAAAGCUUUAAAGAGAAUCUCGCGCCGCCUGAUGCCGAAGAGUACGAGACACAACGAAAGCGAAUAGAGGAACUCAAGGCCGAACUCGCCACUAUGCGCUUCAAACUAGAGAACUACGAGCAGGAGAAGGAAAUGUUUGCAUUGCAACACGACUACGAACUACGAGAUGUACGACGAAAAGCCGAGGACGACUUCAAACAAAAGCAAGCAGCCGAAGGCGAUAAAAACAAAGCCCUGCGUCAAUACGAAACCGUGCAAACCGAACUAUCAGAGCUUAAGGAAAGCUCAGCAAGAGAAAAGCUCGAAGUAGAAAAGAAGGCCCGAGAUGCAGAGGAUGAGGUGCGUCUCCUGAGAGAACAACUGGAGGACUUAUCGGCUGCCAAAGAGGAGGAAGACCGAAUGGCCCAAAAGAGAGCAAGCGACAUGGAAACACAGCUAUCGAAUCUGCGAGAAACUAUCCAGGGACUGGAGCAGGAUAGCCACGCACGAGAGUCUUCGAUGCACGCCAUUCAGCAGCAGCUUGUGGACAAAGACAAGCUUAUUGGCGAAUUAGAGGCAGAUGUAUUACGACUUAAAGCACAGACUGGCGACGCUGAGACUAUUGCUAUUAUUCGUCGCGAACUCACCGAGCAGGUGCAACAUAUUCGGUCGCUGGAAUCGAAGAACAGCAAACAACACACCGAACUGACCCAUUUACGUCAAGUACAUAAGGCUGUCGAGAUUGUGGAAGAAGAGAAACGAUCGCUACAGCGACGACUCGAAAUCGCCGAAGCCCUGGAGCCUGAGCUAAAUGAAGCUCGGCUGCAAAGACAACGACUAGAAGAUGAAAAGCUGGCUUGGACUGCUUAUCUACAGCGCGCCAGCACUGAAGGUGGACUGAUGGAAUUAGACACCCCGGAGGCUGUUGCGCGUGCGUUAGUCGAAGAGCGGUACAAUUCGGCAUCUCUUGUCGAGAGGUUGGGUGAAAUACAGCCCCAGAUUGCCGAGCGUGACGAAAUCAUCAAAUCUUUAGAAAGUGAAAAGAAGAACCUAUCUGCGCAGGUCGAAAAGUUGAAGAUUACCGCAGCCCCUGCAUCAGCAACCAAGGCAGUGGCACGAGUAGAACGUCAACGCACCCUUGCCGUCAAGGAAGUCGAGUAUCUGCGCGCCCAGCUCAAAGCUUUCGAUGCGGAGGACGAGACAUUCAACAGCGUAAAUUUCGAUCAGAACAAGGUUGACCGCGUCACCGAGCUCGAGCAACUUGUUGAUAAUUACAAGGAAGAAAUACAGGCCCUGCAUAAGGAACUCUCCGCGUUAGAGUCAUCUGUUGCCGCGGGAGAGCCUGUUGUUGGCUCUAAACGCAAAGCCGACGAGUCAGAAAGCGAGCAGCUGGGCGAACUGAACCGAAAACGCAGGAAGUUAGCCGACGAGCUCUCCAAGUUACAGACGCAGCAUCAAGUCCUACAAAAGGAACACGAGGUUGUCCAGUCACGUCUCGCGGCCGCCGAGUCCGCCAACAAGACGCGCAUCCUGUCCCUACGCUCAAACCCCACGUCCGACUUCGAAGCCAUCAAGGUCGCCACCCUCGAGGCCCUCAAGCAAGAAAACAAGGACCUGCUGUCCCAGCUCCAAAAACAAGCCCGCCGCGCCCCGAACCCAAACACGCCCCUAAUCCCCGCAUCACAGCUCGCCGCCGCCCGCCGCGAGAUCGAAGAAGCCCAGCGCGAAACCGCGUCCGCGCAAAAGACCACGCGGCGCCUGAAGGAAGUGUGGGCGGCGAAGUCGCAGGAGUUCAAGGAGGCCAUCUUCAGCACGCUGGGGUGGACGGUGACGUUCAUCCCGAACGGCAAGAUGCGCGUCGAGUCGCUGUACUGCCCCUCCGCCACCGACGAGCAGGAGAACAGCAUCGUCUUCGACGGCGAGCGCGGCACCAUGAAGGUCGCCGGCGGCCCCCAGAGCCCCUUCGCUCGCCGCAUCGCCGAUCUCAUACAGUUCUGGGUCCGGGAUAAGGGGUGCAUCCCCGGGUUUCUAGCGGCCCUGACGCUGGAGUUUUAUGAUGAGCAGACUAGGGCUGCGAGGUAGGGUGGAUGUGUGCUGCUGCAGUUAGUACAUGCUAGGAUGCUGGUACUUUGAUGAAACGCACGACUUUGAGUGACUAAGUCGGCUGGCUGAUGGGGGGUUUUUUUUUUGGUUUGGGUAACGCUCGAAGAAGAAGAAUCUCUUCUUCAUGAUGAAACUUGAUUUUUUCUUCUCCCCCCUUUUCAAAUAUGAUACCUACCUACCUACCUACCUACCUACCUACCUACCGAGAAGGGGGGGGAGGGGGGGGGUAUUCUUUCCUUUGCUACAAAACGGCGUGUUGCGGGCGUUGAGGCUGGAUGGAUACCUACAUACGAUGGG